UUCGUUUGACGUUUGGCAAAGCGCUAGCAAACCGUUUCGUCUUGGCGCUGUCAGGGACAAACGAAAAUCGUAAAUAUUGCUUCAUUAUAGCCAUUUUAAGUAGUUUAGUGUACUGGAGAACAGGGAAACAGUAGACGAUACCGCGUCCAGACAAUCUUAAACCCACUUUCUGCAGCAUCCGUCGUGUGGCCGAGAGUGUGUGCGUGCGUGCGUGUGCGUUUUUUUUUGUUCUGCGAGAGCGAUGCUGUGAUGCAGCAUGAUGAUGGGCGCUCAGCAGCGUUGAUCGAAACAGCAGCAGCAGUAGGAGCAGCAAUAAGAGCAAUAACAGCAGCUGCAGCAGCACCAGUAAGAGCGCGUAGAGGAUUUUCUCUCGCCCUGUCCCGUCCUCUCCUGUCGAUGCUGAGUCGCCGCCGUCGCCUGUGAGCAAGAGAUCUGGCAAGGAUUUUGGAAACGUAUCGUGCGAAUCGUGCUGCGGAACAGAACGGUGGUGGGUCGCAUCGCCACACCGAACGAGAAACUGUGCUGGAAAGGUGGCUGAGAUGCCACAAACGGCCGACGAGGUGGAAGAAGAUGGCAGCAAAAAUAUGGUCUCCAACCUGCCGCUCCUGUUCGCGGACGGCUACCCUUCGUCACUGCAGAAGAUCACAGAGCAGCAGCUGGAACGGUUCAUCCCGUUCAUGGUGCAGUGCUCGCUCGGCUACGUCCACAUCCAUUCGAUGACCGAGUUCAACAAGCCGGAAUGGUGGCCGACCGAUCUGGAGUUUACGAAACCGUUCCGACGACCGAAAUCAUUCACAGGGAACUGGCUGCAAAAGAUGCGAGAGAUCGUGGUAGUGUGCUACACCUUCCACCACAGCGUCUAUCUGCUGCGGUACUGUUCCGAUCUGGCGAAGUAUCAACCGACGGCGCUACGGUUCAUCAACAAUUACAACUCCACCACGUCCCUAUUUGAGCGAGCCACGAACAAGCUGCUGGUUACGUUUCGCAAUGAAAAUAUGCUGUACGACCAGGAGCAGAAGAUCAACAGUCGCAAGUGCCUGCUGCCGAAGCAAUCGAACUCGCAAUCGAGCUUGGCGACCCAGGAGGAAAUGGUCAUAUCAGAAAGCUUCGAUAUCUAUCUCUGCGACAACUGUGAUGCCGAGCUAUACUCCUACGGUGCACUGGUGGAACACGAGAAAACCUGCAAUAGCGAGCAAAGCAAUCCAGAGCUGGAGUACACUAGCGACGACGAUGACGUGAUCUUUUGUGGAGAAGUGUGCGGCGACCAGCAGCUGCCACUCGAUGAGGAAGCCCGUGCACAAGCAGAGCAGCAAAAGAUGGUAUGCUUCCUGUCGCAGAACUUCAUGCUGCGCUGCACAAAACCAACAGACCCGUCGAGCGGUUCGUCGCUCGUGCCCGUUCCGAAGUCAAACAGCACCGAGACGGAAGACAGUGGCACGGUGGCACCGGGCGCAAACCAUCGCCACGUACCUAGACGCACCCGCCAAGUCGUUACCCUCGCCAAAUGCGCUCAAAUUCCGCUCUCGUCACCGUUGGGACUGUUUAUGCUAAAAACUUCCAAAACCAUCACCACCGCGGACUACCUGUCCGAGCGGUUCGAUCGCAUGGAACGAUUCUGUCUCGCACCGAGCUUACCGCCCGGUGCCGGUUACCUAAUGCGACAGCGGCUGCUUAAGGGUGGCUCGUCGGAAGAGCUGGCCGCCCACGAUCGGCGGCUGCCGAAGUGGCUGUUUGCAAAGCCCAAAACGGGUGGCGGACCAAACGGGUGCACCGUGACAUUCAAACGGGCGGCGGACGACUCGAGCGAACGGUCGAUACGGCACUACAAGCAUCCCCGGCGACAGCUGUCCCGCAAGCAUUGGGAGGAAAACUUCCUGUUCUACAACAAACUGCUGCUGGAGCGUUGCCGACCGUUUGUGGUGGCGUUAAUAAGACUGACGCCUGCUGAAGUGCAGGAGAUUGCAAUGUUGCCCGGCAUCGAGCGGCAAAUCAGGGAAGCGGAGCUGGCGGCCAGCCUGGAACGGCAGCGGCGGAAAGAGCUGGCGGAAAUUGCAGACAGUGCAAUGAUCAUUGACAGCAUCGAUCUCUGCUCGUCGGACGAGGAACACACGCAGGAGGACGAGGAUGGACAGGAGCUGUUCGCGAGUGGCAUGGUGCCGGAGGUGCACAUGAGGGAGGAUGAUGAGGAGGAUCACCAGGAGGAGGGCAGAAACGCGAUUCAGCAGGAACAGAAUAUUCUCACUAACAACCAGCCCGUGGCACAGGACGAAAUCGAAACGAUCGUGUUGGAAAUGGACGACAGUAUGGGCAGCGACACGAACGCUAGCUUCUACGAAAAUCGUUCCUCCCAGCAGAAGGGUGCAUUACCGGGCGGUGUGCAAUCUCCGGCCGUACCGAGCAUAGCGAAGAAAUCGGUCCUGGGCACGAUGCUUAGCGAGAGCACGUAUCGGUUGAACCAGUCACUUCCGGCGGCCCUUACGAACGGGCGUCAUCUGGAAGAGCUUGCCGCACCGCUGUACCUGUACGGGAACUGCAGCCAAACGGCAGCAGUGAAUAUUGUCGACGAGACGCCACCGCUCGCCAACGGCAAUCGAUUCGGCACCGCCCGAAAGGGCAGCAGUUUGCCGUCGAAGGAGAACGUGAUGAACGGGUUUGGGGGCACUGGCGGCAGCCCCGCGAACGGCGAGAGUGCCGCCGUUCCCGUUCACCAUCAGGCGACGGCACAAGCGCGCACGCUGCUACUUGCCGCACCGAUCACCAACGGUCAUACCCUAUUCGGAACCAUUCCAGUUUCGUUCGGCAGCGGUGCGAGCUUGCACCCGCGUACGAGCGCUUCCGUUGUCCAGUCGAUUACGACGACGUCCUGCGUGAACCAAACGGUGCACGGGCACGCGUCGCUCAAUCACAGCAAUGGGCCGACCUCGGCGACUGUCACCGGCACAGCCGCAGCCAAUCUCCAGUAGGAAAAUAAAUUUACAGUAAUUGUAUACAUGUUAGGAGCUCUUUAGACCUAUUUAUGAGACGCAAGCGGACAGAGAGAAUCUGAGUGGCAGUUAUACUUUUGUUUCCUCUUCAUAGCUUUCAUUUUGAAUCCGUUUUCCACAACGGUUUUAUUAUGUUACAUUUUGUCUUACGUCUGAACUGAUACACAUUCGACGAGAAAUGUAAAUAAUUAUGCAGACUACGUUGAUUUUGCUGUUUUGUUUUGCUGGUUUCGCUCGUUCCUUACUGUGGCAAGACAAAUUCCUGUCCGUCUUGAUUGACCUGGAUAAAACUCACCUACAGUUUCAGAUUAUGUACUCUUUUGCUCUGCUUGAUCGAGCUUACAAGGUAACACUGUGAUGUGUGAGUCGAGAUGAGCUUGAAUGUGUUAAUUUAUUCCUCUGUUCCAUACGUAACAUGCUUUACAGUUCUCGUUCCAUACGACUGUGGGUCGUUAUGCGUAACUAAACCUUGGUGGCUUAGAAAUUAUUAUUUUUAAUACAACAACAACAACAAAAACAUCGCAUCAUGUCUCUCUUAAGUACAUAGAUUGGCGUUGUACAUAUCUUUACGAAUAAAAAAAAAUAUGACUCAACGAAA